CUUGCUAUCGAACCUUCAAAGUUCAAACCCUUCAAACUAGCUUUUCGUCAAUUUCUAUUGUAAUUUGUGAGCCGUAUGGUUCUUAUAGUGAAUAAAUUAUAAAAUAAUUCAACAGAAUCUCACAAUAAUAACCAUGGUUGUAAAGGCUAAUCAAGAAAGGAGAUCAAAGACUGAUGCAACUGACUUGAAACAUAUUUGGAAACGUGCCACAAAGCCCAAUUCGGAAUGGAAUGAAAAGGACGAUUUCUUGGAUGUUAUCUAUUGGGCACGUCAGAUUUUAGGAAUUCUGAUUGGGAUUGUAAUGGGUAUCGUUCCACUGAAAGGUUUUGUAGCCUUAGCUUUGUUCGCGCUUAUAAAUUGUGGUAUCGUUUACUUCUACUGCACUAGCUUUCAAUCUAUUGACGACGAGGUGUACGGAGGAAUGUGGGAAAUUAUCAAGGAAGGCUUUAUGACAUCGUUUGCGUGUUUCUUGGUUACGUGGAUAAUUUUUUACACGGGAAUACACUUUGAUAAUGUAACUCCAGAAAAGAUAAAUUGAUGAUUCUAUCAAAUGAUACCUA